AUGGAUGGAACGGACCCAUUCGCAGACGAAGAAUUAAUCGGCAUGAAUGAAGAUCCCAUACCACUAAGGAACAUAUCGAACACAAGACAACAACAAGAAAUACCGACUACCAUCACCAUAGAUUACUAUGAUGGGGCGACAUGGCUCGAAAUGAGCCAAGCGUUAGCUCAAAGACAAGGCUUAAUGUUGCGGACUAUCCUGACUCUCAAGAAAAAAGAAUGGCCAUCGAGGCAGAAAAGGAUUGGAAAUCGAUCAUUCCACCCGCAAAGUCCCAGAGAAGACUCAAGGAGAAGAACUACUACUAAACCAAAUGUCUCCCUGGGUGAUUUAGAAAUCAUCCCCUACGAAUUCUUUGGCCCUCAUCAACCCCUAGCAUUUAGCACUAGUCCCUGUACCAACGUUUGGGGACAGGUCACAACAACCGGGCGUAGAACCAUCCCUAUUGAAAAUUCUUAUUUCGUCAAAACCCGAGAGAACUUCCAAAAGGACGGCGAAUGGAUCGACGACCCCUUCGAAUACUGGUGCCAUGCAGUGUGUAUAGCAGGCCCAAGAUCUUGGUUCGAUGUUCCAAAAGUAGUGGAGAUACUGAUGAAGAUGAAUGCAUAUGGACAACCAAGCAGUAGUGUACCAUACCGGAACGUGAUGGGUGAGUUGGUAAAGGCCUACAACAACAUCAUGAUUGAUUACACCGAGGAACAAAAAAGUUCCUUGGACGACCUACCAGAGUUCUCAUGGGAUUACUGGCGAAAUCGAUCUCACCAGCGAAGUAAUUGA